AUGAGUGUCGCCAUGAGGAGGCUCAUAAGGGCCACUAGAACCCUGAGUCUUACGACACCACAUAACUCGUUAUCCAGAGGAACAUCGAUCAUCCACUUAACACCAUCAAAUUGCCACCCAAGGACACGCUUCUUCACUAGCUCAGCCCGUCUCACGAAUGCCCUGUCGCAACAAAUCCAACUUCGUGACUAUCAAGAAGAAUGCAUCCAGUCGGUCCUGGCAGCCAUCAACCAGGGUCAUAAGCGUUUGGGAGUCUCUCUAGCUACCGGUGCUGGCAAAACCGUCAUCUUCACCCAUCUCAUCGACCGCAUCGAGCCUCGCUCCGAGAAAGCCACCCAAACCCUCAUCAUCGCCCACCGACGAGAACUAGUCGAGCAAGCCGCCCGCCACUGCGCCAACACGUACCCGCACAAGACCGUCGAAGUCGAGAUGGGCAACGUCAAAGCCUCUGGCAUCGCCGACAUCACCAUCGCCAGCCUGCAGUCCAUCAUCUCCGGGGACCGCCUGCUCAAGUUCGACCCUUCGCGCUUCAAGCUCGUCCUCGUCGACGAAGCCCACCACAUCGUCGCCCCCGGCUACCUGCGCACCCUCGAGCACUUUGGUCUCCGGCAGAAACAGGAAGACUCGCCCCAUCUGGUCGGCGUCUCGGCCACUUUCUCCCGCGCUGACGGACUCAGACUGGGAGCGGCUAUCGAUGAAAUUGUCUACCACAAGGACUACGUCGACAUGAUUGGCGACAAGUGGUUAUCCGACGUCAUGUUCACCACGGUCGACUCGUCGGUAGACCUCCGCGACGUCAAAAAGGGCGCUGGCGGAGACUUUGACAUAGCCCAGCUUUCCAGGGCCGUCAACUCCGAAGAAGCCAACGACAUCGCCGUGCGCACUUGGUACGCCAAAGCGGGCAACCGCAAGUCCACACUGGUGUUUUGUGUCGACCUCGCACACGUCGCUGACAUGACGGCCAUCUUCCGCCGGUACGGCUACGACGCGCGGUUCGUGACGGGCGACACGCCCGCCAAGGAGCGAGCGGAAAUCUUGGAUGCGUUCAAGCGCUUUGAGUUCCCCGUGCUUGUGAACUGCGGCGUGUUUACCGAGGGGACGGAUAUCCCAAAUAUCGAUUGUAUCUUGAUGGCGAGGCCGACAAGGUCAAGGAAUCUGCUGAUUCAGAUGAUUGGUCGCGGCAUGAGGUUGUACCCCGGAAAGGAGAAUUGCCAUAUUAUCGAUAUGGUGUCGAGCUUGGCGACGGGAAUCGUGACGACGCCGACGCUGUUUGGGCUGGAUCCGGAUCUGCUGGUAGAGGGAGCGUCGGUGGAGGAUAUGAAGGAGAAGGGAGAGCGCAGAGCGGAGGAGGAGGCGAGGAAGGAGAUUGUUUAUCACUCGGCUGGGAGCACGAAUCCGGCACCGCAGGGUGAAUGGGCCGUUACUUUUACCGAGUACGAGUCGGUCUUUGACUUGAUCGCCGACUCGUCGGGCGAGAGACAUAUCCGCUCGAUUAGCCAGUACUCCUGGGUGAUGAUCGGGCAGGAUAAGUAUGUUAUCAGUGGCCCUGACAGUUCCCACGUCAAGCUGGAUAGGGUUGCGCCCGAGGAGGAAGAGCAAGGGGCACCACGGUGGGUUGCCUACGAAGUGCGCACGCUGCCUGUGUCUGUGACAUCCAAAUCGCCCUAUGCAACGCCACGCGAGAUCUUAAAGGCCGAAACAUUUGCCGACGCCGUUCACGGUGCCGACAGCUUUCUUGCGUCACCAGCUGGUCAAGGCAAGUUCCCUCGUAACUUUAUCCACAGAGGCAUGAAGUGGCGCGACGACCCGGCGACCGAGGGGCAGAUCAAGUUUAUCAACAGGACGAUUCGGCGCGGCCAGGAGCCGGUCGAGCCCAAGGAUGUCACGAGAGGCGCGGCGUCGGAUAUGAUCACCAAGUUCAGGCAUGGUGCGCGUGGCAGAUUCGCGGACUUGUCGGCGGUGAAUAAGCGGAAGAAGAAACAGAUCUUGUUGCUUGAGAAGGACAAGAGACUGCGUGAAUCGGUGUCGGUUGGGUCUGUUGCGGCUAUGGCACUCUAG